AUGUAUCAUGAAGUGAACAUGCUGUAUUCGCAUGUAUUUUUUAUACGGGAUGGAAAAAUUUGCCAGGAGCCGGAAAAAGAGGCGAUCCCGGAUCCACUGGACCUUCUAAAGGACGAAUGCAAGAAAAAGGCUCACAUUAAGCGGCUGGAGGAGAUUUAUCAAACGUGCAAUGAUAGAGUCAAUACGAAAGGAUGCACGGCGGAAACGUGUGUAGAAGAACUUUUCGAUUUGCUGCGGGCGAUCGAUAAAUGCAUCAAAAACAAAGUAUUCCAAGUAUUGAAAUAG